AUGAUAGGGUGUGUGAACUUUGUGGAUUCUUUAUCGCCGUUGAGACAUGAUUUAUUUCGUAAAGUGGAAGCAUCUAAUGUAGAAUUAAGUUGUUUUCCAUGUUUCCUUCUCCCCGGGACAACUUAUUCUUUUAUGCUUAAACAACAAAGAUUCCAUGAGGAAAAUCUUUUCUAUCGUGAAUAUGAAUCCCGAGGCGAGAACGUGCUGAGAUUACUCAUUCAAUUAUUCACAUCAGAAUGUUAUUGUUCCGUUUAUGUAGUCGAAUAA